CCGCAGCUCAACCACCCGGCUACCACCGUAUCCGCACUCCUCGUCAACGUGGAUCCAUAUACAAUUUGAAAAAAAAAAAAUGUCUUUCCUCGCCCGUCGAGCCACAGCUGCCGCCCCAGGCCUCGCCCGCGCUUUCAGUGCGUCCGCUCGCCGUGAUGUCGCCAGAAUGACGCUGGUUGGCAACCUAGGUGCUACCCCCGAGGUCAAGGCUACCAGCACGGGCCGCGAACUUGUCGAGUACGCCGUCGCUAGCUCCCAUGGGCAGAAAGAGAACCGCCAGACGAGCUGGUUCAAGGUCGCUGCUUUUAUCGAGGAGGGACCCCGCCGGGAUUUCUUGACUAGUUUACCUAAAGGAUCUACCGUCUACGUUGAGGGUGACGCCAUCAUGAAUAACUUCACCGAUGCCGAGGGCAAGUCACGAAAUGUGUUGAGAAUUUACCAAAGACAUAUUGAGGUCCUCAAGCGACCAUCUCCUACUGAAUAGGUAAAUAGUCAAUGUGUAUAAAACUUGGGACGGCCAAGACGACGCCCAUCGGACCAAGAUGUGUGUGAUCUUGGAUUAGAGCUCUCCACUACGGGAAUCUUAUGUCUAAUGACGGGACUACGCUUGGGGAUGUU